GGAUAAUUGGUGUCAUAAUGCAUGUCCUUCUUGCGGAGGACAACAAUGUCAACCAACGUGUCCUCACCAAGUUUUUUAAUAAAUUCGGCUGCUCGUUUGCGAUCGUCAACAAUGGUCGUGAGGCCCUGGAUUACCUCGCCAGUCCGGCUUGCCCACCUCCAGACAUCAUUUUGAUGGAUAUCGCCAUGCCCGUCAUGGGCGGUUUCAAAGCCACAGAGACCAUCCGAACACAGCUACCAUUUAUUAAUAACCCUAAGCUCCAAAUGACUCCCAUAAUUGCCCUCACCGCUCACAUUAUACGAGGUGACGGGGAAAGACUAUUCCAGAAAGGAUUCACUGAUGUCUUGUCCAAGCCCGUUAGAUGGACACACCUCACCCAAAUUCUGUUACAGUAUCUUCGGUAUCAGCCUACUCCUGUGGGUCCUGGCUCCCCGAUGCUCAAGAUGAUGCCUGUUUGGGGUCCUUUUCCAUUCAGAAAAUUCCAGGGGCCUAGGUCUCUUCUUUGAAUUUCAAUGCUGCAUGUCUUUUAGUGAUCCGGGAUUAACAUUCUG